AUGCGCGCGUGGGCUUGGUGGUUCGCGCUGGUGGGCGCUGUGGCCGUGGCGCGGGAGUUGGACCCGGCGGCCUGCAGCGCCCGGUUCGACGUACAGCGGGACAAGAUCAUCCGCACAGAAGAGUCCCGGGAUAUGGGAGCUAGAUACUUAUCUGAGCUGGACGUGGGGACUCGUGAGGAGUGUCUACGACUAUGUUGUGAGACCGAUACAUGUGAUGUCUUCGUUUACGAGGAAAAGAGUCCCGGCAGCUGCUAUAUGUUCAACUGUGGGCCGCCGGAAGAUUUUCGCUGCAAGUUUACAGCUCACAGCAACUUCAGCAGCGGCGUGCUGGCACUGAGUCGCCGCCUGGCAGAGCUCCAAGAUCAGGAGCAUCACGAGAGACAGCUCGCUAGCCUCAGGAGUCCAACAAGCACUGCGCCGCCGACAACGACCCAGGCUCCGGUCCGCGUACCACCUUCCGAACCACCGCAGCAACUUCCACCAGCAAUAGGACGAUGCAGCCGCUACCAAUUCGAAUGUCGUCGUGGUGGGGAAUGUAUUGCGGUGUACAACGCGUGCGACGGGAUACCUCAAUGCGCGGACGGAAGCGACGAAGCACCUGAGCUGGGCUGUCCGGCCCCUCCGCCUCCUGCGCCGGCAUUGCCCAUCGUGCCUUCACCACCACCACCACCAGCGACCAAAACCACGCUGCCACCACCUCCCGUUAAACCAGUUCAGGUGGUUGAAAGCGGCGAGUCGAGCGUGAAUGAAGGCGUGGAGAGCCCGAGUGCCGAUCGCUGGCCGCACAGGCUGACGCAGGUGCAGCCCCAACACAGGUACAACGAGCCUGCUCGCAGUUCUCACAUCUUCAGCCACAAAGGCGGCCUGCUUCAGGAGGGAGACCCUGCGUCGAUGGCGCAGUACCCGGCGUUUGAGCAGCCGUGGCAGCGCCGCACUUGGCCGCAGCCACCCCAACCAGUAAUGGAUUGGGCGGGGGGCGCUGGUAUUGGCAUCGGCGGCGGAAUGUACGCGCGGCCCGCGGAUUGGUCGGAGCCCGACCCGCGGCGGGCCUGGCCCGUGCCGCAGAGACCAGAACCUGACAUAUCAAUGUACAUGCCGGCGAAGACGAUGCCCGAGUUGCCAAUGGCGUACUCGAGCCAGCAGCAGACGCUGCGAGACAGCGCUAAGAAAGGCUUCGACCUGGAGCGCCGGCCCGAGCCCACGCAGCCGCCGCGGGCACCUGUGUCACCGCCCGCCCCGCACGAGGAAAAACCUGUCAUUGAUAAUACUACCAAGAAAAAGGAUUUGGCUCGUCCAGCUGAGAGCAAUACAUUCAGCACUCACCACGAGGAAACCGUGCACGAGCACUUCGUGGGCGACGAGCACGAGCAUGACGGCCUUAGCGAGCAUCCGCCAUCCGCCAUCUUACUUCUUGUUUUAGGCGUGGCUAUGACAGCAGCCAUGGGCGGCAUGCUGGGGUGCCGGGCGCGCGCGGUGCGGCGUCGGCUGCGGCGCGGGAAAGCGGGGCUCGCACACGACGCGGACUACCUCGUCAACGGCAUGUACCUCUAGUCUGUUUGAAGUUACAAAUUCAGCGAAGCAUAACAUUGAAACAGCUCAACAGUAUUCUUUAAAAUAAUAAAUGUAAAUUGGUUAUAUUUCUCCAAUUUAUAUAAAGAAAAGGAUUCAAUAGUCGUGUAAAAAUAUCUUGAUUGAUUGGAUACGAGUACAAUCAAAAUAUCUGGGGCAGUGAUAUAAUAUUACAUAAUGUGCUAUAUUCAUGAAUUAUAAGAAGAAUAAAUAUGUCCAGUCCUUAUAUAAUAGAUUGUCGGCUUUAGCAAUUUUGGUGCUCCAUUCCAUUGACUUGAAUUUAAUAACUGACCAAGAGCGCCAAAUUAAAAGUUGCACGCAAUACUAUUAAGACAUGGAACAAUGAUAACAUCUAGGUAUAUAAAGUCACCUACUUUAAUACGAUUGUCGUAGUAAAUUUGAGACUGGGCGCGUGAUAAAUUGAUACAAUUUGUUACAAUAAAGCUCGUUGCGCGGAUACCUACGUUAUUCCAUUUCAGAUUACGGGUUGUAUUGUAAUACAGGGACCGCGCGUAAUUUCGAACGUAAAAGUGCUGUAUGUGGGUGUCUCCAAAACUAAAACAGACUGAUCAAGUAAAACUUGCACUUCCAUAUACUUACACCAUAGGUAUUAUAACGAUCUUAUCACUGCAUCAAUAAUGAAAAUGAGGACUUCAAGGCAAUAUCGGGUGUAGCGAUACUUGAUCAGUCCUUAAAACACAUAAACCUGUAUUUAAUGAUUAAAAGAUGUUAAGAAAAAAUAAAUUUUGCGAAUUUUCUUUGUAGGUAUGUUAAAAAUUUUGUAAAAUUAUUGGUUUCUUUUACAUUUGUUCUAUACUGAAAAGUGAUUGAAAAAAAAAUAAUUCUGUUCCGCUUGUUUUGACCUACCAACCUAGAUUAUUUUUUCUGUGUAAAUUGUCAUGAAGUUUUGGAAAUAUUUUACUAAAUAAGAUAUCUUCCGCAAUGUAAAAAAUAUAGUUUUACUCGUUUAAUAAAGCUUUAAUUAGUUAAAGCCUAAAUUUUCUAGAUAAAACAUCAACUUUAAUUGUAGAUAUAUACCUACUACAACGAAGUUCGCGAUAAUUGGAUAAGCAGAUUGCUUCUUUGCAGUUUCAGAAGCAAGCAAUUGUACUGUGUAGGUAUCUUUGUAAUUGAAAUGAAUGUUAGGCUGGGCAAUCAUUAUUCGAAACAACCAUUUUUUCGUUGACUAAUGGAUAAGUAAACAGUCAUCUACCUACAUAUAAUCAAUUCUACAUAAAUGUACGUUAAACUAAGCUACAUAUAUAUUUUCUUGUGUAGUUUCUUUAGUCAUCGCCGUUCGACACAAAAAAUACUCUUAUUCAAACAACUGGUUAUUGACCGUUUAUUAAAUCAUAAUCUUGUGUAGAAUUUAAAGAAGUGAUUGCUCAUCCCCUACAAUAACCUUGAUAGAUCUUUAACUAAAACAAAAUAAAAAGAAAUUGUCAUGACGAUGUGUUGAUAAGUCAAUAUUGUAAAUAAUGGUUACCAUUCUUCACUUUGUUAUAGUAACUAACUAAAUUAUGUGUAAAAUAUAAAAUGUAACACAGAGCAAGUAAUCUAUGAUUAAUGUUCUGUGAUGCUAAUAUGUACUGUUGGGAGUGGAUAAAUUUUGAUUGGUUUUAUGGACAAGAAGGCCAGGCUCCAGGUUUAUCUUUCCCGAACUAAAAAUAAUUAAUUAAAUUUAAAAAUGUACGUCUACAGUUUGUUCAAAAUUAUCAGAGACAUUAUUUUUGUUUGUAAAAUAAUUCAGUUUCUAAAUAAAAUGUUAUUAAUUACUGUUG